UGUCUUUCUCUGCAAAAAACAAAUUAUGUUGGCAAAUACUUUUAAUAAUCAGUAUUGCUCAGAGCAGAACCAUGUAUGGGGUGAUUCCAGUUUUGAUGAUAGUAGUAAAGAGAAGUUGGAGAUGAAAGACGGUGAUAAUUCAAGGUCUCAUAGUCCCAGAGCUAAAGCACAAGUACAGGUGGGCAAUAAGAGAAGUAGAAAUAAUGGAAAGGGUAUUAGUUGUGGUGGUGGUGCUGAAUCUGAGCAUGAGAUGCAUAUAUUGACUGAGAGAGAAAGGAGGAAAAAGAUGAGAAACAUGUUUUCAAAUCUUCAUGCUUUGCUUCCUCAACUUCCUGCUAAGGUAGAUAAGUCGACCAUUGUUGAUGAAGCGGUAAAAUAUAUUAAAACCCUUCAACAAACCCUCCAAACGCUUCAAAAACAAAGGCUUGAAAAGCUUCAAACAGCAACUGUUGUUGAUUAUGAACAAUCAAUUAUCACAUCAUCUCAGGUAAAAGCACUGGAGUCAAGGGAAUCAUAUUUGGCUGAUCAGGGACCAUCACCAAAGAACUUGCCAAUGCCCACAUAUAUGCCUCACUCAUCGUUUCAAGUCCCCAUUUCUCCAGCUUGCUUUCAGACAUGGUUUUCACCUAAUGUAGUGGUGAAUAUGUGCGGGGAUGACGCACAAAUCAGCGUGUGUUCACCAAGGAAACCAGGGUUAUUGGCCACCAUCCUCUACAUAUUGGAAAAGCAUCAUUUGGAUGUGGUGUCUGCUCAUAUUUCCUCCGAUAACUACCGUAGCAUGUACAUGAUCCACGCCCAUGCAAGUGGAGCUUCUGAUCAAUUUCCGGAGGCCUUAUCGGUAGAGGAAAUAUUCAAACUAGCAGUAGGGGAGAUGAACUUAUGGCUCUUGACGUCUUGAUGCACAAGUUAACCAUGAAGAACGCGACAGAUAUAUAAACCAAAUGAACCAUUUCUUUUUAUAAAACAAAUGUGGAUUCCCUGUUGAGUCUCUUGAAUCUGUUUUAUUAGUUGCAUGGAACAGUUUAAUACAUCCUUCAGUACAGAUGUGGCAGAUAGCUAUAAUAUAUAUGCAUUAGUAUUUGAAAUGUAUGCACCGUUAAGAUAUGAAAUUUUAAUUCAAUGUAGAUAUAUGAAUACAUGAAUAUAUAUAUAGAC